AUGGAAAGAGAUAUAAAUAAAAACAAUGUAAGAUUUAAUGUAAAAGAUGUAAAUAAUUUGUCUUAUUCCAAUUUGAAUAAAGCUAAUUUUUCAGAAGCACGAAAUGAAUUUUAUCAAAAUGCUUCAGAUUUAGAGAAUUAUAAUGCAAUAAAAAGUAGAAAUAUACAGUUUACAAAUGUAGAUAAUUCAAACUGGAAUUAUGAUAAUUACACAUUAGAGCAAAAUUGUGACAUGAAUGGUUCUAACGUCAACAUUUCAAGUGAAAACAAUGCUUCUAACGAAAUAAACACAAAUAAUGCAAAUACGAACUUAUCAGAUUAUGCUAUUAUGAAUUAUCAAAAAAAAAUAAAUGAAUUUAAUAAUAAUUUAAUAAAACAAAAUCACAUGGGGUAUUUAGAUUCAAAUGGUGUUAACUCUAAUAAUGUAUACCACAAAAUUAAUAAAAUGAAUAAUGAAAAUCCCCCUUUUAAUAUAAUUUCAAAUAAUACUGAUAAUAAUGCGCAGCAUUUUAAUGGUAUGAAAUAUUCUGAUUAUUAUAAUUCUAAUAAUUGUAUAUAUAACACAAGUAUGUUAAAUACUAGUGUAUCAUAUAACGCAAAAAAUUAUUUAAAUAAUUCGAUUCCAAGUAAAAAUGAUUAUUUAAAACUCAAUUUAAACUCAGUGAAUAAUGUGAGUAAUCAUUUAAAUUUUUCAAAUAUGUCUAAUUCCAAUAAUGUAAAUUCAAAUCCAUUUAAUAGUAACAUAACAUCUAGUUUAAAUUUAAUAAAUUAUAAAAAUUCCGUUAAUUCGAAUAAUAUGAAUUAUACCCCCAACAUGUUUAGUUUAGAGCAUACUGGAAAUAUUAACGUACUUAAAGGAAAAAAUUAUAAUUUAAAUCAGUUUAAUGUAAUAAAUCUUCACGAAUCAGAUUUGUCUAAUUAUUCUUAUAGAAAUUUAAAAAAUGUAAAUUUAAAAUCCAAUUAUCCUACCUCAUCUUGUAAUAUGAUUUCAAAUGAUAUUGAUUCGAGUAUCUAUAUUUGCUCGAAUAAUAAUAGUAACUAUUCUAAUAAAAAACAAUUAAAAAUUAAACCCAAUAAUUGCAAUGAUUCUGAUGUAACGAGGAAAAAAAUUAAUUCAUUAAUUUUGUCUGAAGCCAAUGCUUGUUCUAAUGAUAAACUUGUAUCAUUAGACGAUGAAAAUGUAAACUCAGAACAAGAAAACAUAAAAUAUGAUAAUAAAAAUCACAGUAAUAUAACAAUAAAAAAUCGAAAGGGAAAAAUCACUAAAGUUAAAAAUACCAAUUUAAUAAAUAAAAGUUAUGAUAAUCACAACAAAAGAUCCAAGGCCGAAUGUCUUAUAUAUGACAAUAGCAGAAAUCCUAUAAAUUUGAAUGAGAAUAUAUAUGAUAAAAAAAAAAAAAAUACUAUUAUAAAAAAAGAAAAUAAAGUUAUCCUGAAAAAAAAGAAAAGUAAUAUAAAAAAUAUAACAAACUCACCAAGUAAUAAUAAAAUUUCAAAGAAUGCAGAAAAAGAUAGGGGUUUUGUUAAAGCUACAAGCGAAAGCAAUUCCAUAGACGCUAAAGAACAAGUAUCAAGUAAUAGUAAUAAAAAGCAAAUAAUUGUGAAUAAAAGGAAUAGCUACGUUUUAAGAAAAAUAAUUAAUAUGCAAACCGCGGAAGAUAAAAUUGAGGACGAAUUGUCUUAUCAAAAUAAUAGAGUGAAAACUGCAAACAAAAAUAAUUAUUCUGUUAAUGAUUUAAUCAAAGGGGAUGAAGAAAAGGGAUUUUUGGGAAAAAAUAAAAAUACAUCACACGAAAAUAAUAAUAACAUCGUGAAAUCCUUGUCAAAAUAUGAUUUUUUUAUGAAUAAAAACGUAAUUAUAGAUACAGUUAAUGUAGGAAGUAAAAGGAGAGGAAAUAAUGUACAAACUAAAUAUUCUGACGAAAAAUAUAAUAAUGAAUUAUCCGAAAAACAAGAUACUACUCAUUUAAUUGAUAAAAAAAGGAAAUUUAAUGAUAUUAAUGAACAUAAAAACAACUCCAAAAACGGAAAAUACAAUGGGACUACAAAAUCAUGUGAUAGAAAUGAAAAUAAAAUAAAAAUAUAUCACGAUGAAAAAAAUUCAGAAGAUAAAAAAAUUUCCAGCAAUAAAAAUGAAACUCAAAUAAAUAGCGAAAAAGAAAUACACGACAAAGGAGUCACACGAGAUAAAAAAAAAAAAACGAAUAGUGAAAUAAUAAAAACGGAAGAAGCCGUUUUGAAUAAUAAAAAAUAUAAGAAAAUAACAAUACAAAAUGAUACCAAUUUUGAUAAUAACGAGGAAGAAAAUAAAAUAAUUUUUAAUGAACCCACAAAAGAAAAUGAUAUGGAAAAAAUAAAAUUUGAAGAUGGGAAAGAAACAGAUGGAAAACAAAAUGAACAAAAAUUUUAUAAAAUAAAAGACAAAGAAAUAAAUAAUAUAAAAAGCGUUACACCAAAUGAAUAUAAUGAAAAAAAUUGCUUGGAUCAUAAAAAUAUAGGGGAAACAUCGAUAAAUGAACAAAAUGGAAAAAACAAAAUAAUAAUUGAAGAAAAGUAUAAUCCCCACGAAAAUAACAUGAUAGUAGAAAACGAGUGUGUAAAUAGUAAUAACGAAAAUAACUGUAAAAAGAUGAUGAAAGUUUCUAACGAAAACAAAAAUAAUACACUCGAUGAAUUAAUGAAUAAGAAUAGUAGAAUAAGUAAAGGAAUUGAUUAUAAUAAUGAAUAUAAAAGUAAAAUUAGUAGAACAUAUUAUUUAAGAAAACAUAAAAAUGAAAUAAAUGAAAAAAAUAAUAAUGAAGAAUUAAUAAAUGAAACGCAAGAGUUAGAAAAAGAAAAAAUAUAUAAUAAUAAUGAAAAUGAUUAUGUAGACACAAGCAAAAUGGAUAAGUCAUACAAAGGAAAAUUAAAUGUUAAAGAAAACAAAUGUGAUAUAAAUAAUACCGAAAAAUCGACAAUGGAAAAUGAAACCACAGAAAAUAUUUGUAGAGUAGGUAAUGAAAAUAAAAUAGAAGAAAUAAAAACUAAUAUGACCACAAGGAAUGAGUAUAUAAAUGAUAAAGGGAACGAUAAAAUCGCAAAAUCUGUGAUUGAUGCAAAUAAUAAUAGUAGUAUGUAUGGGAAUUACGACAAAAAAAAUAGUGAUAAAAAUUUAGUAAGAGAUUUAUAUUCUUACACUGAUGGAAAUAAUAAUAUGAUAAAUAACAAAAAAAACAAAAUUUGGAUGAACCUUGGUUCUAUUAGUUAUAUAGACAGCCUUGUUGGAAAAGGAUCCUAUGGAAAUGUCAGAAAGGUUUUAUAUAAUGUUGAUUUAAAUAGCGAGCAUUUAAAAUUUUAUAUCAAUAAAAUAAAUAGUUCCGAAUUUUCUAAACUUGUAAUGGACUGUAUAGGUUUGAAAAAAAAUUUAACAAAUAACAAGGAAAUGCGCAAAAGCGAAAUAUCCUCCAAUGAAUUACGCAAUAACGUAAAAGGGCUAAAGAAAGAUCUUGAUAAUUAUAUAGAUAGUGUUGAAAAAAACGAUUUAAACGGGUUUAAAAAUAAUAAAGAAUAUAAUUGUCUUUGUUGUUAUCGAAAAAAAUAUUUUGAAAUGGCUAUUAAAGAGAUUGAUGUUAGUAGAAAAGGUAAUGAAUUUCAAUUUUUAAGAGAGCAAGAACUGUUAUGUCAUUUUAAUAGUAAUGUUAUAAAACCUUUAAGUACAAAAGUUGGGAAUUUGAAAGAAAAGCAAAAUUAUGAAAUAUUAAUGCAUUGCGCUAAUGGAGAUCUAAGAAAAUUAUUACAAAAUUUAAUAUAUCAUAGGAAAAAAGAGUACGAAAAAAGAAAAAAAGUUAAUAAAAUUUUAAAGCUAAUUCAUACUAUAUUUGGAAAAAAAUACAAAUGUUACAAAAAUGAAAAUGAGAAAAUGUGUAUAGGUCUAUGUUAUGAAAAAUUAAAAAAAAUAAAAAUUAAGUUAAAUAAUAGUGUCAUUGAAAUAAAGUAUCCUAAAUUUGAUUAUAUUUAUGAAAAUAUAAAAGUAUAUAAUUGUGGUUUAACCGAAUCUGAAUGUAAAUUUUUAUUUUUUCAAAUAGUAAAUGGCAUUAGCUUUUUGCAAACGUGCUACCAAUCAAAUAUCAUACGUUUAACUGAUAUAAAAUUACAAAAUAUUUUAGUUUUUACAGAUAUAUAUAAUGUUUAUAAUCCUAUGAAAUGGCAUUUAUGUAUAUCUGAUUUUGGUUGUUCUGCAAUGGAAUAUGCUACUUUCUAUUUAGAAAAUUCGAAAAAUUAUAUAAAUGCAUAUAAAACAUUGUUAAAUCAAUGGAAGUACCAAUUUAAAAACCAGUUAUCUUCUUAUUUCCAAGGAACUGUUUAUACUAUGGCACCUGAAGGUUUAUGCUAUGAUCAUAUGGGUAAUUUUAGACAAUCAAAAUAUAACAAGUUGAUUUAUUUUUAUGAACAAAAUUUUGGAAAUAUUGAAGACAGAUUUCAAGAGUUACAAAUGCCAUUGGUUUCUAUUAAAAACUCGAUAAAUAAUUUUAACAUUUUAAACGUAAAUUCACCAUCUAAUUUUCAUUUUUUGGAAAAGAAAGACGACAAACACGGAGUGAAUAACACGUCGAAUAUCAUGGAUGCUGAUAAAAAUAGUGGUGAAGUAUGUAAAGGGGAAGAAAAUAAAAAUCAAAAAAAAAAAAGUAGUACUAACAAAAAUGCGAAAGCUAAUGAAAGUGCAAAUACUAAUGGGAAUAACAUAAGUUCAAAAAAGAAAGGAAAAAUAGAAGAGGAAAAUAAUGAUAAAAAGGAGCCAAGUGAUAAAGCAAAUCUUGCUGAAAAUAACAAAAUUAAUAAUUCUACAGAAUAUUUACCUUUCGAUGUCAGAAGUGAUAGCUGGUCAUUAGGGAUCAUAUUAGCAGAUUUAGGUAAGUGUGGAAUUGGUUCUUAUGAACAUAUGAUUUCGGAAAAAGGAAAUGGGAAUAAUAAUAUAUCUAAAGGGAAAAUUACCGAUUUAAAUAGUAUAAUAUUAAAUGAUUUAAAUAUUUUAGAUGAUGAAGAAAAUUUUUAUUUACAAUAUAUAAUGAAUUAUUAUGAUAUUUUAAGUAUGCAAUGGGAUAAUGAGGAAAUUGAAAACGAUCAAAUUAACAAAAAUACAGAUAGAAAUAAAAAACGAGACAAUUCAGAAAUGGAAAAUAAACAGAAUAAUGAUAGUAGUAACAACAAUUAUUCAAAAAAACAAAAAUAUAAAAGCUUGGAAAAUAAUAACAGUAAAGGAGAUAUACCAGGGAAUAACUGUUGUGUUAUCGAUAAUACCAACGAACCAAUACCAAAUGAUGUUUCAUUUUGUAAAGACAAAUCGAAUACUCAUAAUAAUAAUUAUGAUAAUAAGGAAGAAACAAACACCAAUAAAAAUACACUUUUAAAUAACAGCCAAAUUAAAAGCACAUUGAAUUUUGAUGAAUGUAAUCAAAGCAAAGGAAAUAAUGACAAUAACAUUAAAUCCUUAGAAUUAUUUACAAAAUAUUAUAAAUCUUUUAUUUUAAAAUAUAAAGACUAUAUAAAAGUUGAUAAAAUUUCAUAUAUAAAAAAUGAAUUUGUAAAAUAUUAUAAAUUAUUUAAGCACAUGAUGAAUGAAAAUAAUAUUGAGAGAAUAUUAUUAUUACUAUUUUUAAUAAUCAUUAAUAAUUUAACUUAUAAUUAUAGUUAUGAAACACAAUCAUUUUUGAAAAUCGAAUUAACCAUUAAAAAUAUUGGUUCAGGGAUAUUUAAAUUCAGAAAUAAAAAAGAGAAAGAAAGAUAUUUACAAGAAUUCAAAGCAAAUAUACAAAAAGAUUACAUGACUGGAAACAAAGAAUAUUGGAAUAGUAGAUUAACAAAUAAAUAUUUAGCUGUUAUUUUAAAAGAUGUCUGCUAUGAUAAUUUUGCAAAUAGAAAAAAGGGUAUUAAAAAAUGUUUUAAUAAAUUUGAAUAUCCAUUAAAUUAUAGUGAUGAUUAUUGGAAUUUAUUAGCAGACCUUUUAAAUUAUAUACCGUAUGAAAGAUUAUUAGCCUGUGAAAUUAUUGGACACGAUUUUUUUUCACCAUCAAAUGAAAAAAUAAAAAAUAUCAAAAUGCCAGAAAAUGAAAAUGAUUAUGUUGAUUUAUUUGAUAAAAAAGAAUUCACUGAUAAAAUUCUAAAAAAUUAUAUACAAGAAAAGAAGGAAAAAAGGUAUAUUUGUAAGCCUUUUCAUGAUGAAACAGAAACAGACACUGAAACUUCUGAUUAUGAAGAAUGUGUGGCAUUAUCAUCUCCUUUGGAAUAUAAUGAUCAAAUAAAAAUAAAAAAUACUAUUAUGAAAGGCGAUGAAAAAAAAUGCGAUAUCAACUUAAAGGAUUGUAAUAGCAAUAACAUCGAUUUAAUUAAAAUAAAUAAUUUACCAUCAAAUGAAAAAAUUGGUAGCAACAAUAUCAAUCAAAACAAAAAGGCCAUAACAUCAUUAUAUGAUACUAUCAUUCGAAAUAUGAAGCAUAAAUGUGACUUUUGUGAUAAUAUAACCAAUUGUUUAAAUUAUAAAAACAUUUUAAAAAAAAUUGCGAAAUUAGAAAAUAACAUUUUCAGUUUUCAAGAUAAUAACAGAAGAAAUACAAAAAAUAUUGAAAAUAUGAAAAAACAUAAAUUUUUUAAUCCAAGUAAUAUUUGUAACAAUGUGUAUUAUUUUUUAAAUGAAUCAUCAUUAUUUAAUGAAUUCACAAAUUUAGAUAUAUUUAUGAACAUACAUUUACCCAUUGAGCAUUUAUGCUUACCGUUGAAUGAUGAAAAAACAGUUAAAAAUAAAUCUGAUGCUAACUUUUUUUUCAAGCCAAUUUAUUUUUACUCUUUUCCAUAUAAAAUUAUACACGCAUGGUACACAGGGCCGUUACACAUUUAUUUAAAGCAUCCCAAUAUACCAGAUUAUAUUAAGGUUAUUUGUUUAAGAGAAUCAAAUGUUUUAAGAAGAAAAGAAAUCAUAUUUUGGUACUGUGAAGAUAUUAUAUUAAAAAGUUUAUUAAAAAUUAAAAAACUUUUAAGUUGUUCCAAUGAUUUUUUAUCUACACCAUAUGUGUCACAUUUGAUAGGGAAACAACUUAUAGCAAGGAAGCAAUAUCUUUUGAAUGUAUUUAAAACAAAAAAUACUAUAUAA